GAUUGGCCAAUGACUAAUGGCUAUUCUUGUCAAAUUAUAAGUCGCACACAAACAAAAGAUAUCCUCUUGUGGUUUCCUUCUCCUCAACACUAUUUUUUUGUUUGUGUGUGAUUUAUUCGGUUUAUCCUUGGUUCAAGCUGAUCAUCCUCAACAUAUCAACCUUGUAAUUAAAUGGAGGAUGAUAUAGUAGUACCCUUAAACGUUCAUUGAUCCUUCAAUUCAUCUUUGAGAUCAAUAAUGCCUGUGCCAGAUCCACAGGCGGGGAGGGCAUUCAUCUGUCUCAUUACCUUGUUUCUUUUCUUGUCCAUUGCUGUCGGAGGCGGUUGUCUAAUUGCAUACACAAUCCUCCCAUACCCACCAAUAUGGCUCUCUUACCUUGGCAUUUUCUUUGUUUGUCUCCCUUGGUUCUUUUGGAUUCUAACCUUUGUAUACCGCAUCAUUUCACGCACUUUUGGAUUUAGGAUGGUCAUUGGAUCCGGUGGUAAUGAUAACACCGCGAGCAGAGAGACCAUGCCAUCAGAUCUUGACCCUCCCGAAAAAUCGUUAGAGCCUCUUGAUAAUGAUGAUCCAGAGGAUAUAGCUCAUCCACAAGGACAAGUUCUAGUGUCUAUGGAAGGGAACCAGUCCAAGAAACGAAUGUCAACCUCAAGUGUUGGUUCACAUGAAAGCGAGAUGCCAUUAGCCAUUUCUAUGGCCUCGUGAUCAUAAAUGUUUUGAUACAAAAUGUGAUAUUGCCAUAGACAAUAUGAAGGAGAUACUAACCAGAUUCGUAGCCUCUUGAAGAUAUGGGAAUUUUUGCUGUUUUUAGAUUUAUAGGGUAGAUAAACAAUUGGUAUUUAUGAAUUUAUGUAAUUAUUGUAUAUAUCUGUAACUAGUUUGGUAAUGUAAUUAUGUUGCGAAGCCUUCGAUUUAAGGGCUGACAGUUGGAGUUUCUUUAACUUGACAAACAAGCCAAUAUAUUUGAAUGUUGAGUACUAA